AGUCAGCUCUGGUGGCAGGCCUCCUUCUCCAGCGUCCACAUCUCACACGGGGCUGGUACCCAGGAGAUUCAGGAAGCCGACAGGGGCCGAGAUGGUAUUCUCUUCUCCUCCGUGGAAUGUGUCAAGUCCACACAGGACCUAGUAAACCUCUAUCUGCACGAAUCGAAUAGGGUUUAUCGGGAUAAGAUGGUGGAAGAGAAGGACCUUGAUCUUUUUGAUAAGAUCCAGGUAGAUGUGGUCAAGAAAAUUUUUGAUGACCUCGAAGAGACUGUGGAGCAGACCCAAAGCCUGAACGUGUAUUGCCAUUUUGCACACAGUAUCGGGGAGCCCAAGUACAUGCCCGUCCAGUCGUGGGAACUUCUGACCCAGACUCUGGUGGAGGCCCUGGAGAACCACAACGAAGUCAACACAGUGAUGGACCUGGUGCUCUUCGAGGACGCCGUGCGCCAUGUCUGCCACAUUAAUCGCAUCCUGGAGUCCCCUCGGGGAAACGCUCUGCUGGUCGGCGUGGGGGGUAGUGGCAAGCAGAGCCUGACUCGGCUGGCGGCUUUCGUCAGCUCCAUGGACGUAUUCCAGAUCACGUUGCGGAGAGGCUACCAGAUCCCGGACUUCAAGGCGGACCUGGCAGGCUUGUGCCUGAGAGCCGGGGUCAAGAACCUUAGCACCGUGUUUCUCAUGACCGACGCCCAGGUGGCUGACGAGAAGUUCCUCGUAUUCAUCAACGACCUCUUGGCAUCUGGAGAGAUCCCAGAUCUCUACUAUGACGAUGAGGUCGAAAACAUCAUAAGCAACGUGAGAAAUGAGGUCAAGAGCCAAGGUCUGGUUGACAACAGAGAAAACUGCUGGAAGUUUUUCAUAGAGCGAGUCCGACGGCAGCUGAAGGUGACUCUCUGCUUCUCCCCGGUGGGGACCAAGCUGAGGGUCCGCAGCAGGAAGUUCCCCGCCAUCGUGAACUGCACGGCCAUUGACUGGUUCCACGAGUGGCCGAAGCAGGCUCUGGAGUCCGUCAGCCUCCGCUUCCUGCAGAACACGGAAGGCAUUGAGACCACAGUCAAGCCAUCAAUUAGCGAGUUCAUGGCUUUCGUCCACACAAGUGUCAACCUGGCCUCCCAGUCCUAUCUGAGCAACGAGCAGCGCUACAACUACACAACGCCCAAAUCGUUCCUGGAGUUCAUCAGGCUGUACCAGAGCCUGCUGCGCAGGAACGGCAGGGAGCUCCGCUCCAAGAUGGAGCGGCUGGAGAACGGAUUGCUGAAGCUCCACAGCACCUCUGCGCAGGUGGAUGAGCUGAAAGCCAAGCUGGCCACCCAGGAAGUGGAGCUAAGGCAGAAGAAUGAAGAUGCCGACAAGCUGAUUCAGGUGGUGGGCGUGGAGACGGACAAGGUGAGCAGAGAGAAAGCCAUCGCCGAUGAGGAGGAGCGGAAGGUGGCUCUCAUCAUGCUGGAGGUGCAGCGGAAGCAGAAGGACUGUGAGGAAGACCUGGCCAAGGCAGAACCGGCGCUCACGGCAGCCCAGGCGGCCCUCAACACCCUCAACAAGACCAAUCUGACCGAGCUGAAGUCCUUUGGUUCCCCACCACCGGCGGUGAGCAAUGUCAGCGCAGCGGUGAUGGUGCUCAUAGCCCCCAGGGGCAAGGUGCCCAAGGACCGCAGCUGGAAGGCCGCCAAGGUCACCAUGGCCAAGGUGGAUGGUUUCCUGGACUCCCUCGUCCACUUUGACAAGGAGAACAUUCACGAGAACUGCCUCAAGGCCAUCAGGCCAUAUCUGCAGGACCCCGAGUUCAAUCCGGAGUUUGUGGCCACCAAGUCCUACGCGGCUGCAGGCCUCUGCUCUUGGGUCAUAAACAUCGUGAAGUUCCACGAGGUGUUCUGUGACGUGGAACCCAAGCGCCAAGCGCUGAACAAGGCCACCUCGGACCUCACUGCUGCCCAGGAGAAGCUGGCGGCCGUUAAAGCCAAGAUCACUCACCUUAAUGAGAACCUGGCCAAACUCACGGCCAAGUUUGAGAAAGCAACAGCCGACAAACUCAAAUGUCAGCAAGAAGCUGAAGCGACUGCAGGCACCAUCUCCCUUGCAAACCGCCUGGUGGGAGGCCUGGCCUCUGAAAACGUGAGAUGGGCAGAAGCUGUGCAGAACUUCAAGCAACAGGAAAGGAAAUUAUGUGGAGACAUUUUGCUUACCGCAGCUUCCAUCUCGUACCUGGGCUUCUUCACAAAGCAAUACCGCCAGAGCCUCCUGGACGCGACUUGGAGGCCCUACCUGAGCCAGCUACAGGUUCCAAUCCCGAUGACCCCCACCCUGGACCCCCUGCAGACACUGAUGGAUGAUGCUGAUGUGGCCACCUGGCAGAAUGAGGGCCUCCCUGCAGACCGCAUGUCCACGGAGAAUGCCGCCAUCCUCCUCAACUGCGAGCGCUGGCCGCUCAUGGUGGACCCUCAGCUACAAGGCAUCAAAUGGAUCAAGAACAAGUAUGCUGAGGACCUCCGGGUCACCCAGAUCGGCCAGAAGGGCUACCUUCAGACGGUAGAGCGUGCGGUGGAAGCCGGGGACACGGUGCUGAUUGAAAAUCUGGAAGAGUCCAUCGAUCCUGUGCUAGGACCCCUGCUGGGGAGAGACGUCGUUAAGAAGGGACGGUUCAUUAAAAUUGGAGACAAAGAGUGUGAAUAUAACCCCAGGUUCCGGCUCAUCCUUCACACCAAGCUGGCCAACCCUCAUUACCAACCCGAGCUGCAAGCUCAGGCCACCCUGAUCAACUUCACCGUGACCAGGGAUGGCCUGGAGGACCAGCUGCUGGCCGCUGUGGUCAGCAUGGAGAGACCAGACCUGGAGCAGCUGAAGUCAGAACUCACGAAGCAGCAGAAUGGGUUCAAAAUCACCCUCAAAACAUUGGAGGACGACCUGCUCUCUCGCCUCUCCUCGGCCUCCGGGAACUUCCUGGGAGAAACGGCCCUGGUGGAGAACCUUGAGACCACCAAGCAGACUGCCGCAGAAGUUGAGAAAAAGGUGCAGGAGGCCAAGGUGACCGAGGCGAAGAUCAACGAGGCCCGGGAGCAUUACCGGCCGGCCGCGGCCCGGGCCUCCCUGCUCUACUUCAUCAUGAACGACCUGGGCAGGAUCCACCCCAUGUACCAGUUUUCCCUCAAGGCCUUCAGCAUCAUCUUCCGGAAGGCCGUGGAGAAGGCGACCUCUGAUGAGACCCUCAAGGCACGGGUGGCCAACCUAAUAGACAGCAUCACCUUUUCUCUGUGCCAGUACACCACCCGGGGGCUCUUCGAGUGCCAUAAGCUGACCUACCUUGCCCAGCUCACCUUUCAGAUCCUCCUCAUGAACCAGGAAGUGAGUGCAGCCGAGCUGGACUUCCUGCUUCGAUCUCCAGCACAGACAGGAGUCACCAGUCCAGUGGAGUUCCUCUCCCAUCAGGCCUGGGGUGGCAUCAAGGCACUUUCAUCAAUGGAAGAAUUCUGUAAUCUGGAUCGGGACAUUGAGGGAUCCGCCAAGAGCUGGAAGAAGUUUGUGGAAUCAGAAUGUCCUGAGAAGGAAAAGUUCCCCCAGGAGUGGAAGAACAAGACAGCCCUGCAGCGCCUCUGCAUGAUAAGAGUCCUGCGACCCGACCGGAUGACCUAUGCCCUGCGAGAUUUUAUUGAGGAGAAGUUAGGAAGCAAAUACGUGGUGGGAAGAGCACUGGACUUCGCAGCCUCUUUUGAAGAAUCAGGACCAGCCACGCCCAUGUUCUUCAUCCUGUCUCCAGGGGUGGAC